AUGGCUCCAGAAGUGGUUAACCCCAAGAUGCAAUACAACUGCUUGGCUGAUAUAUGGAGUUUAGGAUGUACGGUGUUGGAGAUGGCAACCGGCAAUGAGCCAUUUGGAGAAUUGGUGUGCCAUAGUGUAUUUUGGAAAGUAGGUAAUGGGGAAAGCCCUCUUAUUCCGGAGGAUUUUGAGUAUGAGAUGAAGGACUUCAUCUCCAAAUGUCUGGAAGUGACUGUAGCAAAUCGUCCUACUUGCGACAUGCUUCAGACACAUCCUUUCAUUACUGGUGAACCGAUGACUGGACCAUUGAAACUAACAGAAGGUUAUCUCAUUGAAAGCCAGCGGCAUGGAAAAACUGGUUACAGCCUUGCAAAGAUACCGGCUCGCUUGAAGAAUAUUGUGACUAUCAUUGAUAGCACGGCCUCGUUCGCCUGUGCCCCUCACCUUUUCUCCUCUCUUAAUCGUGCAUCGUGUGCAGGUGCGCAAUGGUUUGAGCAACCGUUGAGUGCGAAAGUCGGAUCACUUAGGCCUGUUGGUAACGAAGCGGAAGGGCACGAGACAGCAGAGGAAAUACCUUUCUUAGAGUGGGUGUGGGCAGUGGUUCAUUCAGACACAAGCAGACUGGUGGGUGCUGCCAAGGAUGCGCAUUGGUCCGACCAUCGCAGAGAGGAUUUGGUAGAAACCAUCCUCUCCCCUCGUCAAUACCUGGCCUGGAGGCCUUCCAACUCAACCCAACUCAAUCGACUGGUUCGGGCGAUCUAA